UGUACUCCCCCGAUAGCAAUCAUAUUAACGUGCCCCAUGGUGAUGCGGCGCCCCUGCGACUAAACCAGCUCGAAAUCCCAGUUACUUCCAGCAUGCCUAACUACGAGGACGUCACCGCUUUCCUGGGGGAAUGGGGUCCAUUUCAGCGGUCGGUGUUUUUCUUUCUGUGUCUCAGCAUCAUCCCGAACGGCUUCUCCGGUUUGUCCAUCGUCUUCCUUGGCGACACGCCAUCCCACCGCUGCCUCAUCCCCGCACACGCCAACCUGAGCGCCGCUUGGAGAAACAGCAGUAUCCCAGUGGAGGAAAGCGGCGGAGGACUGGUUCCCAGCAGCUGCUUCAGAUACAAACUCGAUGCGAUAGAAGGCUUUUCGGAGAGAGGGUUGAUUCCCGGGGUUGACGUAAACUUGUCCGAUGUGCAGCGAGAGGGCUGCCUGGACGGAUGGGAGUAUGAUCGGAGCACGUACACUUCCACCAUCGUGACCGAGUGGGAUCUGGUAUGUGAUGACAAAUGGAAGAACCCGUUGACCUCUUCCCUUUUCUUCUGUGGAGUUCUCACUGGGUCCUUCAUUUCAGGGCAGCUUUCGGACAGGUUUGGGAGAAAAAUAGUUCUGUUUGCUACCAUGGCAGUCCAGACAACAUUUACCUUUAUCCAGGUCUUUUCUCCAUCCUGGACUGUAUUCUGUGCCAUGUUCUUUGUCGUCGGGAUGGGACAAAUAUCAAAUUAUGUGUCUGCGUUUGUGCUAGGAACUGAGAUAUUCAGCCCACCAGUGCGGACCAUCUUCUCCACUGCAGGUGUAUGUUUGUUCUUUGGCCUGGGCUACAUGCUCCUCCCUCUGACGGCUUUCUUCCUAAGAGACUGGAGGAUGCUUCUACUAGCUCUUACACUGCCUGGCUUAAUUUUUGUGCCUCUCUGGUGGUUCAUCCCAGAGUCUCCUCGCUGGCUGCUCUCUCAGGGGAGAGUGCAGGAGGCUGAGGACAUACUGAGGGAGGCUGCUAGGAAAAACAAAGUAGAGGUUCCACAGGUCAUCUUCAGCCCUUCGCAGCUGAAAGAACUUAAGCCUACGAAGAGAGAGCAGCACAACAUCUGUGAUCUACUUCAUUCUAGAAACAUCCGCUGGGUCUCUGUCACGCUGUGGCUCGUUUGGAUUGUCCUGUCUAUUGCCUACUUCGCCCUUUCUCUGAACACUUCCAAUCUGCACGGAAGCUCCUACUUCAACUGUUUCUUGUCGGCUGCCAUAGAGAUGCCAGCCUACACUUUGUCGUGGCUAAUGUUUCGCUGCUGCCCUCGACGCCUGUGUCUCUUCUCAACCCUCUUCCUGGGAGGUGUCGUCCUCCUCUUCAUACAACUCAUACCACCAAACCUGAACCCCCUAGCCAUAGCGCUAGAGAUGUUGGGGAAGUUUGGGGUGACAACAGCUUUCGCCAUCAUCUAUGCCUACUCAGCAGAGCUUUACCCAACUGUGUUGAGAAAUACGGCUGUAGGUGCCUGUUCCAUGGCCUCCCGGGUAGGGAGUAUCUCUGCCCCAUACUUCAUUUACUUGCGAAGUUAUUCCGUCUCACUGCCUUACAUCCUGAUAGGAAGCCUUACAGCCCUGUCAGGGUUGCUUAGCCUCCUGCUUCCCGAGAGCUACGGAAUGCCUCUUCCCGACACCAUCGCUCACAUGCAGAGCUUUCCAGGGUGA